AUAUAUUUCGUUCAAAAAUAAUUUUUGAAAUUGUAAUUAAAAAUGGCAGCCCUCAGGAAAAACAUGCAAUGUUUCAGAAAAUUGAGCAAAGUUUGUAGUAAUUGCUGCGACACAGGCUUAGCCAGAUAUUUUCAAACAAGUAGAGUCGUGUUAUUUGACGAGGAUCCACUUACGUACUUCAAUGAUAAAAAAGUCAAUUAUAUUCUGCGGAAAAUCACUGGAGAUGAUACAAAAAAGGCAAUCUAUAAACACAAAAUUGAAAAGGCUGUUACACCAAAGUACCUGGUUCUUACUGAUAAGGAAUUGCAAAAGACCAUGACCAAGGCGGAGGGAAUAAAAAAGCGACGUCUACAGAUGCCUCCAUUUAUGAAGUGCCGAGAGGACCGGGAUAAACUUUUAGAGGAUGACCCUGACAUUGCCAGCAUCCUUGAAUCAAAAUAUGUGUUUUUUGACAUUACAGAUGAUAAUUCGAGAUACAAGAGGUAUGGAGAACGUCCAAUGGUAAUACGGCACAGGAAUGGGAAGUUAAAAAUGGCGGACUGGCAUACGUAUGACAGAGUAUCACAAAUUUAUAAUCCUUUUCCUGGGAGAGAGAUUUAUAUGCCAAAAAUGUUCAAGGAGGACCACUUAGAGGAAUUAUUAGACACAUACCAGAACUAUUUAUACAUUCUGGAGAGAGCAUGUGUCCAGUUUGAGCCAGACAGUAGUGAUUUUAUCAGGGUGACACACAGAAUCUACGAGCAUAUAGCAGAGCAUGGCUGUUUUGAUGUGUUACGAUCAACUCGGUUCUUUGGCCCCAUGGCAUUCUACUUUGCAAUGAUUAACAAGAUUGAGCCAUUAAUGGCUGACAUGAUUGACAGGAACUUACUGUCAGAUGCAGUUGAUUUAAUAAAUUUGAAGAAAAUACUUCAUAAAGAGUCUGAAAUGCAUACUCAGGGUAGAGAGAUUCUUAUGAUUAUUCAGGAUUUCUAUAAUAAUGAAGCUAAUAAGAAACACAUACAUGUGUUAGAGGAGGCCCUGGGAAGGUUAGAAAAGAGACUUGAAGAGCGCCUACAGGAGGAACAGAGUAACUGAGUGUCAGGAUAAUAGCUGCCGGAGAAAUUGCCAUGAAAUUAACAUUGAAGAUCAAUCUAGUUUGUUGUCAGAAAAAUUAUAUUCUAACAGUAUUGUUUGGGCAGUAGUCAGUUGUGAAUUGUGGAUUUGUUUUUAGUAAAUUCAUGUUAUAUAAUAAAAAGAGAGAAAAAAACAAACACUUUUUAUCUUAAAUGCAACAAAAAAGUGAUAUCUGUUCAUUUUGUACUUCAAAUUUUUUUUAUUAGAGUUUAAUAAUCAGAGGUUUAUCUUCGCAGAGAGCCUUCUUUUAUUGGAUGGUAUCAAAGAUAUUUGUGAUGUAGAUAUUUAUUACAAAGAUAUUUGUGACGAAGAUAUUUGUGACGAAGAUAUUUGGGAUGAAAAUAUUUGUGGAGAAGAUUUUUGUUACAAAAGUUGCUAUUGCAUUAACACUACCAAAUAGAUUUUUAUACAUUUUUAGCUCACCUGUCACAAAGCGACAGGGUGAGCUUUUGUGAUCGCUUUUCGUCCGGCGUCCGUCCGUCCGUCCGUAAACUUUUACUUUAAAUGACAUCUCCUCAUAAACCACUAAGCCAAUUUCAUCGAAACUUCACAGGAAUGUUCCUUUGGUGGUCACCUUUAAAAAUUGUUCAAAGAAUUUAAUUCCAUGCAGAACUCUGGUUGCCAUGGCAACCAAAAGAAAUAUUUUUAAAUAUCUUCUUUUAAAAAACCAUAAGAGCUAGAGCUUAGAUAUUUGGCAUGAAACAUCUUCUAGUGAGUGUCUACAAAGUUUGUUCAAAUAAAAGCCCUGGGGUCAAAAUUGGCCCCGCCCCGGGGGGGGUCAUUGAUUUUCCCUAUAUACAUAUAGUAAAAACUUAAAAAAUCUUCUUUUAAAGAACCAAAAGAGCUACAGCUCAGAUAUUUAGCAUGAAACAUGUUCUAAUGGGUGUCUACCAAUUUUGUUCAAAUAAAAGCCCUGGGGUCAAAAUUGGCCCCACCCUAGGGGGUCAUUGAUUUUCCCUAUAUGCAUAUAGUAAAAACUUAAAAAAUCUUCUUUUAAAGAACUCAAAGAGCUAUGGCUAAGAUAUUUAGCAUCAAACAUGUUCUUAUAGGUGUCUACGAAGUUUGUUCAAAUAAAAGCCCUGGGGUCAAAAUUGGCCCCGCCCCAGGGGGGGUCAUUGAUUUUCCCUAUAUGCAUAUAGUAAAAACUUAAAAAAUCUUCUUUUAAAGAACCAAAAGAGCUAGAGCUAAGAUAUUUAGCAUGAAACAUGUUCUAAUGGGUGUCUACCAAGUUUGUUCAAAUAAAAGCCCUGGGGUCAGAAUUGACCCCGCCCCGGGGGGUCAUUGAUUUUCCCUAUAUGCAUAUAGUAAAAACUUAAAAAAUCUUCUUUUAAAGAACUCAAAGAGCUAUGGCUAAGAUAUUGAGCAUCAAACAUGUUCUAAUAGGUGUCUACCAAGUUUGUUCAAAUAAAAGCCCUGGGGUCAAAAUUGGCACCGCCCCGGGGGUCAUUGAUUUUCCUUAAAUGUGUAUAGCAAAAACUUAAAAAGUCUUCUUUGAAAAAACCCAAAUAGCUAGAGUUAAGAUAUUAAGCAUGAAACAUCUUUUAGUGAGUGUCUACAAAGUUUGUUCAAAUAAAAGACCUGGGGUCAAAAUUGGCCCCGCCCCGGGGGUCAUUGAUUUUCUUUAUAUGUGUAUAGCAAAAACUUAAAAAUCUUCUUUGAAAAAACCCAAAUAGCUAGAGUUUAGAUAUUAAGCAUGAAACAUGUUCUAGUAAGUGUCUACAAAGUUUGUUCAAAUAAAAGCCCUGGGGUCAAAACUGGCCCGGCCCCAGGGGUGUCAUUGUUUUUAACUA